AUGCAGAUACGCAAACAAACCAGCAGCAGCAGCAGCAGCAGCAGCAGCAGCAGCAGCACAAAACGCAGCGAAGGCUAUAGCAGCAGCAGCAGCGAAGGCGAUAGCAGCAGCAGCAGCAACAUCGAAAGCGAUAGCAGCAGCAGCAGUAGCAGCGAAGGCGAUAGCAGCAGCAGCAGUAGCAGCGAAGGCGAUAGCAGCAACAGCAACAGCAGCGAAAGAGAUAGCAGCAACAGCAACAGCAGCGAAGGAGAUAGCAGCAACAGCAACAGCAGCGAAGGCGAUAGCAGCAGCAGCAGCAGCAACAGCAACAGCAGCGAAGGCGAUAGCAGGAGCAGCAACAGCAACAGCAGCAAAGGCGAUAGCAGCAGCAGCGAAGGCGAUACCAGCAGCAGCAGCAGAAGCAACAGCAGCAGCAGCAGCAAAGUAGAUGAAGAUUUUCUCAACAGCAACACGGAAUCAUAA